AUGGAGAUCAUGAAUGAUCCUUCGAUCGAGGACGAGGUCGUGGCGCACGAGGACGAGGAUAAGGAAGAAGUUACCAGGAGGAUAAAUAUCAGCCACAAUGUUACAAAUGCAAGAGAUACAACCAUCUUAGCUAUGAAUGCUAGGAGAAACCAAAUCAAAUGGCAAAAAAGUAACUUUGUAGAAAGGGAGCAGCCAGACACCUCAACAGUCCUGCUGACAUACCAGGAGUAUGAAAGCAAGAAUCAAGAUAUCUGGUAUCUGGAUUCAGGUGCCAGUAACCACAUGUGCGGCAUCAAGAAGUUUUUUACCGAGUUAAACAAGACGAUGCAAGGAGAUGUCACUUUUGGUGACCAGUCAAAUAUUCCAGUAAAAGGCAAGGGCAAGAUAAUGACCCAGACAAAGACGGGCGAGAAUAUGUACAUCUCUGAUGUCUAUUAUGUUCCAGCACUACGAAAUAAUAUUUUGAGUCUAGGCCAGCUCCUUAAAAGAGGCUAUGAUAUGCAUCUAAAAGACCUUUGUCCUCGCUAUCAAGAAUAA